AUGAUUAGAAUAACUGGUAUUAGAGGGUGUGCUAAGGCAUCUUUUAGAAAAAGUCUACAAGUUCCUCUUUUGAGAAAAUUUUCCACCACUAACACUAAAUUUACUGAAGCUGGUACUACUCACUUCGGUUCCAAAACCGUUUUAAAGGAGGACAAAGAAAAAUUAGUUGGUAAUGUUUUUUCUUCAGUUGCUUCCAAAUAUGAUGUUAUGAACGAUGUUAUGUCUUUGGGAAUUCAUAGAUUAUGGAAAGAUCAUUUUAUUAAUAAAUUGGAUGCCGGUAAGAGACCAAAUUCAACUGAACCAUUACACUUUAUAGAUGUUGCUGGUGGCUCUGGUGAUAUUGCAUUUGGUUUAUUAGAUCAUGCUGAAAAGCAAUUCCAUGAUGUAGAAAGUACUAUGGAUAUUGUAGAUAUUAACCCUGAUAUGUUAAAGGAGGGCGAGAAAAGGGCUUUAGAACAAGGUAAAUAUUAUAAUGACCCAAGAGUGAGAUUUUUGGUUCAAAACGGUGAAAAAUUAGAUGCUAUUGAAUCUAAUUCUAAGGAUGUAUAUACAGUUUCUUUUGGUAUCAGAAAUUUCACUAAUAUUCAAGCUGGUUUAAAUACAGCUUAUAGAGUUUUAAAACCGGGUGGUAUUUUUUAUUGUUUGGAAUUUUCCAAGAUUGAAAACCCAUUAAUUGAUUUCACUUAUCAACAAUGGUCUAAAGUUUUACCUGUUAUGGGAUCGAUUGUUGCUAAUGAUUACGAUUCUUAUAAAUAUUUGGUUGAAUCCAUUCAAAGGUUUCCAAAUCAAGAAACCUUCAAAAGUAUGAUUGAACAGGCUGGAUUUAAAUCCUGCGGUUAUGAAAGUUUGACUUUUGGUGUAUGUGCUAUUCAUUGGGGUGUUAAAGUUUGA